AUGACGAAUAAAUAUUGCGUUUUACCAGCCAUUUUAGCGGUGCUAGGAGCCAGAGUCUCAGUCACAGCACGAGCUGAUGCGAAAAUAUGUUUCCCGCCACAUUUUAUGUUCGGCGUCGCAACAGCCGCUUACCAAAUAGAGGGCGCAUGGAACGCAUCAGGUAAGGGUGAGAGCAUAUGGGACCGCUACACGCACUCGCAUCCAGAGCGCAUCUUCGACCACCGCAAUGGCGACGUGGCGACUGACUCCUACCACCAGUUCAAGGAGGACGUUCGUAUCCUGGCGGAGCUGGGCGUGCAGCACUACCGCUUCAGCAUCUCCUGGCCGAGGGUCCUGCCCACGGGGAUGAGCAACGACGUGAACGAAGACGGGGUAAGUUACUACAGUCGGCUGAUCGACGAAUUGCGCGCCAACGACAUCGAGCCGGUGGUGACGAUGUACCAUUGGGACCUGCCCCAGGCCCUUCAGGACCUGGGCGGCUGGACCAACCCAAUCAUAGCCGACUACUUCGCGGACUACGCCAAGGUACUGUUCGAGCACUUCGGCGACAGGGUGAAGGUCUGGUUCACCUUCAACGAGCCCCUCUCCUUCUGCGGCCAGGGCUACGGGGGCUUAGACGCUCCCGGCUCCAACAGCAGCGGCCUAGAGGACUACAUGUGUGGCCACAACGUGCUGAGGGCCCAUGCCGCGGCCUACCGCAUGCACCAGGCGCUAUUCGGCGGCCGCGGUGCCUUGGGUAUAGUACUAGAUUUCGCAUGGAUGGAGCCGGCGACCACGUCCAAAGAAGACCAGAGGGCGGCCGAAACAGCGAGGGAAUUUACGUUCGGCUGGUUCGCCCACCCGAUCUUCUCCCCCGAGGGCGACUACCCCCCGGUGAUGAGGCAGCGGAUAGACGCGAUGUCGAAGCGGCAGAACUUCCCGCGCUCGCGCCUGCCCAGCUUCACGGCGGCGGAGGUGCAGGCGAUACGCGGCUCCGCCGACCUCCUCGGCCUGAACCACUACACCACCUACCUGGUGGCGAGGGGCAGCGGCGGGGUGCGGCGGCAGCCCUCCUUCGCCAACGACAUGGGGGUGCUCAUCACCCAGAAGAAGGAGUGGCCCCGCUCCAACUCCACUUGGCUGAGGGUGGUCCCGUGGGGGUUCCGCCGCGCGCUGAACCACGUGCGCCGCGAGUACGGGCCCCCCGUGCUGGUGACGGAGAAUGGGGUGUCCUCGACGCGGGGCCUGAAGGACUGGCGCCGCACGCGCUACCUCUCGGCCUACCUGCGCGCGCUGCACGCCGCCAUGGCGGACGGCUGCCGCGUCAUCGGCUACACAUGCUGGAGCCUGAUGGACAACUUCGAGUGGACCAGGGGCUUCUCCGAACGCUUCGGCCUGUACGAAGUGGAUUACGAGUCGCCGGAUCGGAAACGCACUCCGCGCAUGUCUGCCAACUACUACGCGAAAUUGGCGCGAACCCGCUGUCUGCCGGACUCGUCGGAUUUUGGAUUC